AGAACUUAGUUAUUCUUGCACACUUCGCAGUGGUGUUUUAUUUGUAGUUUUCUCUGAAUAUAUCUAUAUAGCUAGUUAGCUUACUAGCUAGCUGAACAGAACUGUCUGUGUACACUAGAAACCAUUCCUCAACAGUUCACAUACGUCAAAGCUGUAGCUACCACUUUGAAGGAUCUAACAGUUAACUUAGUGAACGAAUCGACCAUCAACUCGACCUACCAGAUGUAAAUAAUUCUAACGUUAUCUGUUAGGGUAAGCUAAUUUCGUUGCUAGCUAGGCAGUCCCAGCCAAUACCCUCAUGAGGCAAUCCGACUCCGGAGGAUUAGCUAGCUACCAACUGUAAACAAGUCUGACUAACUUGGGUUUUGCAUCUAGCAGCAAAGAACAAUCCAACAGAAUGUCAGGUGAUGCCAUUCUGCUGAAUGUACCUGUCAUUCGGCAGCUGUACCACUGGGACUGUGGAUUAGCCUGCGCAAGAAUGGUUUUGAAGUACCUCCACCCUGUGAGUGAUGAGGAGUUUCAGGGUGCUUGCUGGGAGCUGGAGCUGACGGAGAGCGUGUGGACAAUUAACUUGGCCUACCUCAUGUGCCAGCUGGGGGUCAGGUACCGCUUCUGCACUCAGACACUGGGUGUUGACAAGGGCUUCAGGUCCUUCUACAAAAAGCAUUUUGACACGGAGGAAGACAGAGUGAACAAACUCUUCCUUAAGGCUGAGAGCAAGAGUGUCAUGGUGAAACAAUGCUCUGUGACAAUUCAGGAAAUCCAGGAACAUGUUGACCAGAGCCAUGUGGCCAUAGUGCUGGUCAACGCUGUGGUUCUGGUGUGUGAACUCUGCUCUUCGCCUGUCAAAUACUGCUGUUUCCUGCCUGUGGGCCAGAAGUGCUUCUGCAGGAAGCCAGAAUACCAGGGUCACUUCGUGGUGGUGUGCGGCUUCAACAGGAGCAGCGGCUGCAUCUUCUACAACAACCCUGCCUACUCAGACCGCGUGUGUUGCACCAGCAUUAGUAACUUUGAAGAGGCUCGAAUGAGCUACGGGACAGAUGAGGAUAUUCUGUUCAUCUUCAGGGAGAGCUGAUGGUGACGGUGCAGAUGACGAUGCAGAUGGUCUCCACAUCGUCAUAGCGUCCCAUCCUCACUAUGAUGACACACCAGUGGGUCUACAGGUCCCUGAACAGGGACAGCUGGUUCCAGCGCUGGCCCAGUGUUGUAGAUGGGCCUGGGCUGUCCACUCCAGUGCCAACAUGGGAAUAGAGGGAGAAAUUGUUAUUGAAAGACUCAGGUAAUUAAUGUCAAUGAAGUCUGAUGUGUUGUACUACGAUGGCAAACCCAUUUCACAAACUAAUUUCCUUAAUGCAAUACGCCUUGACCAAUAGCCUGUUUAUGGAACCAAAUCUGCCCGGCAGGCUUAGAUGUCGGCAAUCAGGACAUCAUGUUCAACCUCAGCCAGCUGCUUUGAACAGACUUUGCUCUUGUUGUGUGCACCAGAUAAUCAGUUAACUUCGUUUUCACCGGAAGGUCCCUUUUCAGGGUUGCACUACAUGCCUCGAUCGCCAUGCUCUUUAAGUUUGAAAAAAGGGAGAAUGGAGACAGUGUGAAGUCUGAAAUACUCAGUACGGGGUGUGGAUGCUUUGUAGGUUUUUCUUCAGUGUAUGACUUAACACUACCGUAAAGUUUUAAAGGACUUCGAUCAUAAGAUGUUUUCUGUUGAAAACCGCAAUCAAGUAGAGACAACACAUAGAAUGACACCUUUAUUUAAUUCUCAUUCAACAUUUAUUUUUACAUGUUGGUACCAUGGAUGAUAUUGCACUAUGGUAUUUAUACCAGCCAUAAUUAUGUAUUAUUUAAUUUAUAUUUUAACAUAAGAUAUUUUCCCAAUCUAUAAAUGGGUGGGAAGACAAUGUAUUCCUGGUUGUGUAUUUGUUAUGAGCAUGUUAUGUGUUAAAAUGGCUAACUUAAAUUAAAAA